AAUUCCGCCAAAAAUCUCCUGCUUACUCCUACUCUCCCCCAGUCUCCAUCUCCAGAAACGAAGAAUCAAAACUCACAUUUCAAAGAAAUAUAAAAUCUCGCCGCGCACAAAACAAAGAGCUGAACACAAUCCACCAUUGAAGCUCUGCUGCCAUGACGGCUAGAGCUUCUUCUCUAAUCGCACUCUACUCUCCACCUAGUUCUAAACACCACAACUCUCCCGAGAGGAAGAAUUCGAGCUCCGAUUUUAACACAAGUGAUUCUGAUUUGAGGUUCCGGUUUCGGAUAAACCGAGCCAGUUCUCUGGAAUUUCAUUCAGGUGAGACUAGGAGAAGUAAUGGUUUUGGCAGUCUGAUAGGGGGAAGAAAGAGUUGGAAAGUGUGGGCGGACGUGAAAUCGAAGCCAUACGACGUCGCUGACUCUGAUCGGAAGUCAUUGAAGAAGUUCGGCGAUGUUUUCAGCGACAUCAUUUUGAGGAAAGGAGACGGAGUUGAUGGAGAUGGUGCCAUCGUUGAUGAGAUUCCAUGGUGGGAAGAGUUCCCGAAGCGUUGGGUGAUCGUGCUUCUUUGUUUCUCGGCUUUCCUGCUUUGCAACAUGGACAGAGUUAACAUGAGUAUUGCUAUACUUCCUAUGGCCUCUGAGUACGAUUGGGGACCUUCAACUGUUGGCUUGAUACAGUCUUCUUUUUUCUGGGGUUAUCUUCUCACUCAGGUUGCAGGAGGUAUUUUGGCUGACACAGUUGGUGGAAAAGCAGUCCUCGGAUUUGGUGUGGUUUGGUGGUCUGUAGCAACAGCUUUAACACCAGUUGCAGCAAGGCUUGGGUUGCCCUUUUUACUUGUAACUCGAGCAAUCAUGGGCAUUGGUGAGGGUGUUGCUAUGCCAGCAAUGAAUAAUCUUCUCUCGAGGUGGGUGCCUGUAGCAGAGAGAAGUAGAUCGUUAGCUCUAGUAUAUAGUGGAAUGUAUCUUGGAUCUGUUACUGGCCUGGCCUUUUCGCCAUUGUUAAUACAUCAAUAUGGAUGGCCAUCUGUAUUCUAUUCAUUUGGGUCUCUUGGCACAGUUUGGUUUCUAGUCUGGCUAAACAAGGCACAUAGUACACCUCUAGAAGACCCUGAGAUUCGGCCUGAAGAGAAGAAGUUGAUCCUCAGCAGUAGUGCAUGCAAGGAGCCCGUUAAGUCUAUUCCUUGGAAAUUAAUUUUAUCAAAGUCUCCUGUAUGGGCCUUGAUUGUUUCUCACUUUUGUCACAACUGGGGCACAUUUAUUCUUCUGACAUGGAUGCCUACAUACUAUCACCAGGUGCUGAAGUUUAACCUUACUGAAUCUGGAAUGUUGUCCGUGUUGCCUUGGCUAACAAUGGCCUUAUCAGCCAAUGCUGGAGGGUGGAUUGCUGAUACCUUGGUGAAGAAAGGUGUAUCCGUAACAAUUGUCAGAAAGGUAAUGCAGAGUGUUGGAUUUCUUGGCCCUGCUUUCUUUUUGACUCAGUUGAGCCACGUCGAUUCUCCUGCCAUGGCUGUUUUGUGCAUGGCCUGCAGCCAGGUUCGUGUCUAGCAUAUUUGAUAUCAAUUUAAUUAUAUUAAGCAUUUCGAAUAAUGUUCAGAUUCAUUAAUGAGGGAAUUUUGACUUAGGAGUGAAUUGGUUGUCUCAAUUUUAUUGGCUCUGUCAUUUUUUAAGGGAGAGUUUUAAUAAGGGGUGAUUUGAGAGGUUUGAGAGGUGGAAGGCUGAAGUUUAGGAGAUUUGAGUUUGAAAGAAAGAGGAACAAGUAUGUUGUCUGAAGUUUUAGUCCACUUGAGAGCAGUUUAGGCCUUUUGGAACAAAAAUUUCACUUUGUUGACUUUGCUGUCGACCUAGGAAGUUAAACGCCUAAGUUCGACAAUAUUUUGGGCAGUUUUGAGUCUUUUGACACUGAAGUUUCAUUUCAUCGAGACGACCAAGUCAAUGAUACAGUAUAUAGAAUGUGACCUGAAAUUUCAGGCUAGAGUGCUUUUUUUUUUUUUAUGGAAAAUAAGGUUUAUAUUAAGAUGAGAACCAUUACAGUGGUACAAGAUGAUUCAGGGCGGUCUUCGCCAUUCGAUGUGAACAUUCCACUAAGUCUCUCGGGACUUUUUGGAUCACACAAUUCGCUAUGGAUGAAACUAGAUUCCUAAUAUCUAGGCCUAGGGCUGUAAUUGAUGACUUGGUGGAGACCUUCUUUUCGAGCUGUUUCAAAAAAAAAAAAAAAAAAAAGAAGAAGAAGAAGAAGAAGAAGAAGUUCUGUCGACUUCUUGGUACUCGGGGAUAGAGUGCUUGAUAAAUAAGUCAACACCUUUUUUUUGGCAGUUUUGAGACUAAACUAUCCUUUCGUCGACUUGGUCGUUGUGAGAGGAAGCUCGAUGAUGAAGUCGGUGACAACUUCUAGCCAAAAUUUGGCCAUCCUGGCCAUGAUAAUGCUUAUAAUUUUCUUCUGGCUGCCACCUUGGUUUUCUUUCUUUUUUAAUCUAUUCAUGUUUUUGUUCUGACCUAUUAUCUUUCUUCUGAAACAGGGUACUGAUGCUUUUUCACAAUCUGGUUUAUAUUCCAACCAUCAAGAUAUCGCACCUCGCUAUUCAGUAAGUCAGCAAUUCACUGUGAUUACCCAUUUGAAGAUACAUGGGACUGAAAACAGUAAUAAUGCAGGCUUUAUUUUUAUUCUAGUCAACAACAUAUGUUUCUUGGUACUAAAACUCUUUUCUUAUAUUAUACUCCUACAUCAAUAAAGAGAAUUUCUCCAUUAACUUUUCUAGCCCAAAUUCGGUGUAGUGUAAUCUUUUCCAAUUUCUUUUUUCUUCUCAUCCUCUUUACAUUUCUGUUCUAGGGCGUAUUGCUGGGCCUUUCUAAUACUGCCGGUGUAUUGGCUGGUGUCUUUGGGACAGCAGCAACAGGAUACAUCUUGCAACAUGGUACGCUUGGAUACUGUUUUUUUUCUUAAGUCUUAACUGUAGUUAAAUUAUUCAUUGCAUGAAUUUCAGUUCAACUCUUGCUUGUGCGAAUCACUCCAUGUGGCACUCAAGUACAUGAACUUGGGAUGUUUGUUAUUUCAAACUCGUUUUGUUGUUUUCCAUUAUCUUUAGUUACUUUGAGUUGAUAGUGUCAUAGUUGCUCGCUUUCUGAGGUAAAAGGCAUUUUCCAAGAUGGUCGGUUUACUCGGUUGUGCUUCCUCAUCAGGUUCCUGGGAUGAUGUCUUCAAGGUCUCAGUUGGGCUCUACUUGGUAGGAACUGUGGUAUGGAACCUCUUCUCAACUGGUGAGAAGAUAUUGGAUUAGGACAGAACCCUUAUUCAGAUGGGAGAUGAUACGACAGAAACCCCAAGACCAGAACUCAGAUCCCAGACAACGAGAACUCUGAUGGUCAGUGAGAAUGGAUAACCUUACGCACUCGGCUUCAAUAUGAGCUGUAUAAUUGAACAUGUCAAAACUCAAAACUGGAAUCGCAGUUAUGCGACCGCAAAAGGUUGAAGAAGAUUGUCACACAAAGUAAUAACACCAAAUCAAAUCCCCGAGACAAACCUACUAAAACCUAGAUAGAUUGUACAUGUACCAUGUAUAGCAAUUAGCAAGCUCCCCAACCAGUUUUGUACAUCCCCAAAUAUUUGUUAUUCAACGUCUACACUCGAUGAAAUAUGCACUUGCUUCUGCGCAACCUUGGAGAUUUGUUGGUAUACCUAAUCAUUAGUCUAUUUCAGAUUUAAGUUUUUCCGGUACCAAUUCAGAUUCAAAUUAUACUCCCUGGUGUUCUUUUCAAGCAACUGAACUAUAUUGAAUGUAAAAAGUGUAACUUGUGUUGGAGGUUAAAUGAGGAUGUAUAAUCUGCUCAUCAAGGGUUGCCACGUGUCAAAUCAUUAGCCAUAGCUGCAGAAGAUGAGCCCUCUAACUUUCCUGCCCAUUCAAAAAUAACACAGGAAUGGAAAAUAAAUCAAGAAAAAAAAUAAAUAAAUAAAAGAGGCAAAGAUCAAACGGAAUGAAGAUAAGCCACUUGUGGAGAGCUUGUGUUAUAAACACGU